GGAGGGGUAGGGCGGUUCGGCCCGGAGUGCCCGCGGCGCCGCGCUCCUGCAAGCUCCCGGCCGGAUUUAUCUAUCCGCCCAUGAACAUUUGUGAGCACCUACUGUGUGUCAGUAUCUGUCUCAGGUACCUUGAUCAAGAUAGCAGUGAUCAAGAUGGGCAGUUCACAUUCAAAUGCGAACAGCAGGCUGAGUUCAGUGGUGCUGGACUCCUGACUCGGAAGUUGUUGAUUUCCGUCCUGGAUGCUGGGAGACCCCAUGGCAGCCACACGAGUUGUUGAAAAGACAUCCAGGUCCCUACUGAACCAGGGACCCGCAGGAGCAUGGAUAAGGGCCCCAUGGCACUGCUCUUUGGGAGCUCCGAGAGCCCCACGCACACCCCCUGCAGGUGCCAUGACUCAGCAGCCGCAGGAGGGCUUCGCCAGGAGCUUGGAGGACGCCCAGGAGUGGAUGAAAGCUGUGCAGGAGCGGCUGCAGGUCAAUGACAACACCCAGGGGCCCCGCGCGGCCCUGGAGGCCAGGCUGCGGGAGACCGAGAAAAUAUGCCAGCUAGAGCCAGAGGGCCGCCUGAAGGUGGACGUGGUGCUGCGGGCGGCCGAAGCCCUUCUGGCAUGCUGCCAUGAGGACCAGAAGCCCGAGAUCCUGGCCCGGCUGAGGGACGUCAAAGCCCAGUGGGAGGAGACGGUCACCUACAUGACCCACUGUCACAGCCGAAUCGAGUGGGUGUGGCUGCACUGGAGCGAGUACCUGCUGGCCCGGGAUGAGUUCUACCGCUGGUUCCAGAAGAUGACGGUGGUGCUCGAGCCCCCUGUGGAGCUGCAGCUGGGCCUGAAGGAGAAACGCUGGCAGCUGAGCCACGCCCAGGUGCUGCUGCACAACGUGGACCAUCAGGCCGUGCUCCUGGACCGGCUGCUGGAGGAGGCGGCCUCCCUGUUCAGCAGGAUCGGAGACCCCAGCGUGGACGAAGACGCGCAGGAGAAGAUGAAGGCCGAGUACGACGCGGUGAAGACCAAAGCCCAGAACAGAGUGGACCUGCUGGAGCACGUGACCCAGGAGCACGAGCAUUUCCAGGUGAGCGUGGACGAGUUCCAGCUGUGGCUGAAGACAGUGGUGGAGCGCGUGCACGGCUGCAUGGGGCGCAAGUGCCAGCUGAGCACCAAGGACCGUCUCUCAGCGCUGCAGGACAUCGCCAGUGACUUUCCCAGGGGUGAGGAGUCUUUGAAGAGGCUGGAGGAGCAGGCCGUGGGGGUCAUCCAGAACACCUCCCCUUGGGGUGCAGAGAAGAUCACCAAAGAACUGGAGGAGAUGCGGAAUGUUCUGGAGAAGCUGCGUGCACUCUGGGAGGAGGAGGAGGGGCGGCUGCAGGGCCUGCUCAAGUCCAGGGGAGCCUAUGAGCAACAGAGGAGGCAGCUGGAGGCUGAGCUGGCAGAGUUCAGGAAGGGCCUUCAGAGGUUGGCGGAGGAGGACCUGGAACCCGCGGCCAAAGCAGGGACCGAGGACGAGCUGGUGGCCCGCUGGAGACUCUACUCGGCCACGCGGGCGGCGCUGGCCGCGGAGGAGCCUCGGGGGGACCGGCUGCAGGCCCGGCUGCAGGAGCUCAUCGUGUUCCCCCAGGACCCGCAGCCCCUCGCGGACAGUGUGGUCGCUGCCAUCCAGGAGCACCAGAGCCUAAAGGCCAAGACCACCAGGCUGCGCAAUGCCGUGGGCACGGACCUGUGGCAGCAUUUCCAGCGGCCUCUGCAGGAACUGCAGCUGUGGAGGGCUCUGGCCCAGAGGCUCCUGGAUGUCACCGCCAGCCUGCCAGACCUGCCCUCCAUCCACACCUUCCUGCCGCAGAUUGAGGCGGCCCUGGCGGAAAGCUCCCGCCUAAAGGAGCAGCUGACGAUGCUGCAGCUGAAGAAAGACCUGCUGGGCGGCAUCUUUGGCCAGGAGAGAGCCACGGCCCUGCUGGAGCAGGUGGCAACUUCCGUGAGAGACAGAGACUUACUGCACAACCGGCUUCUGCAGAGAAAGAGCAAACUGCAGAGCUCACUCGCUCAACACAAAGAUUUCGGAGCGGCUUUUGAUCCCCUGCAGAGAAGGCUCUCAGACCUCCAAAUCAGGGUCCACGCUGAGAAUGGGCUUCAGCGGGACCUUCCUGGGAAACAGGCCCAGCUUUCAAGGUUGCAGGGGCUACAGGAGGAGGGGCUGGACCUGGGGGUGCAGGUGGAGGCCAUGAGGCCUCUCGUCCAGGGGAACUCCCACCACCAGCACAGAAUGGACCAGCUCUCCUCUGACCACCAGAUCCUGCACCGGUCUCUGGAGGACCUUGUGGACACGUGCCAACAGAGCGUGCGGGAACAUUGCACCUUCAGCCACGAGCUUCUGGAGCUGCGACAGUGGAUCUCCGUGCUCACACAGAAGCUGGAGGCCCACCGCGGGGACACGGGCCCGUGGGAUGCCCAGUCCCGAGAGGUCGAAGUCGAGAAGCUGCUGGACGAAUUCCCGGGGAAGGAGGCGCAGCUGCCCCUGAUUGAAGCGCACGGCCGGCUGGUGAUGGAGAAGUCUUCUCCGGAGGGGGCUGCUGUGGUCCAGAAGGAGCUGCAGGAGCUGGUGGAGUCUUGGGGGGCCCUGAGGCUGCUGGGGGAAAGCCUGCUGAGCCUCAUCAGAAACCGGCAGCUGCAGAGGAUGGAAGUGGAUUCGGGGAAGAAAAUGAUUUUCACCAACAACAUCCCCAAGACCGGGUUUCUCAUCACCCCCACGGAUCUUAUUUCCCAACACCACCGUCAGGCAACUGUGCGUCAGGAGGAGGAAGGCAGCUGUGAAGAUUUCUCCCAGCUCCUGAGGAACUUUGAGCAGUGGUUGCAGGUGGAUAAUUCCAAGCUGGUUAGAAUCAUCGCCACGAGAACUGCCACCGCCACGGACCUGAGGACCAGAGAAACAAAGCUGCAGGAGCUGGAGGCUCGGUUACCAGAAGGUCAGCGUCUCUUUGAAAACGUCCUUCGUCUCAGGCCAGCAAGGGGGUCCUCAGAAAAGCUGGAGGAUCUGCGCUACCGAUGGAUGCUCUACAAGUCCAAACUAAAGGACUCCGGCCACCUGCUGACGCAGAGUUCUCCAGGGGGGGAGCCGACUGGAUUCCAAAAGACCCAGCGGUGGCGAGGGCUCGGCCCCCUCUGCCGGAAGGUGUGCUGCGUGGCGCUCCCCUUGCAGCUGCUGCUGCUGCUCUUCCUGCUGCUGCUCUUCCUGCUUCCCGUCAGGGAAGAGGACCGCAGCUGCACGCUGGCCAACAACUUUGCCCGCUCCUUCACGCUCGUGCUCCGCUACGACGGACCCCCGCCCACCUAGCCCCCCCGGCGGCACUCGGGGGACUUUCUUCUCCAAACUUCCAUGUGCCCCAGGCUCCUCCGGAGGAUGCUGGGGAAACUGGAAACAGGGGCAGGCCAGAGCCUGCCGGGCUGCAUCCAUGUAAAUACUGUAUUGAUGUUCCCAGAACAAAAUUACUUUUUCUACAGUGUUGUCUUAGUCUAUUUAUACUAAACAUGUACUAUGUGGGACUAGGGAAUAAUGCAUAGCACUUUUAUAUGCUGUCUAUGUAAAUGCUCAGUAUGUAUGAUUUCAUAUAUGACCUCUAUUUAUCUUUGGGAAAAUUCCCAGCAGUGUUUUUUUCCAGUGGGAUCUUGUGGCAUUUUGGCCUUGGUCUGCAGUCAGCCCUGGAAAGCAGGAACAAUAACAGGUCGCUUUCACGGCCACCUCCUAUCCAGAAGCCAAGCCCUACACCCAGAUGUUCAUGAAGAGGACUCU